AUGGUUCAGACAGGGCCUAUUAACGCCGAUGGUGGGCAUACUAAGAAGUCUCUUGAGGUUCCUUUAACGGGACAACUAAGUGUUAUCGACCAUCCGGGAAUAAAAGCUGAAAGUGCAAGCAGCGUCGAUAUCCUGACAGGGAUUGUUGAUAAGAUUGAAGGGAGAUAUGGAUCUUCAAACAUUACAUGGGUUUCUCUAGCUCCAGCGGACAAAGACCAGAUGUCAUGUUGCUCUGUGCUUGUGUUUUCAGCCCAUAAUCCAGAAACGGCCAGAAGAUAUCGAAGUAUAAUUCGGAAGAUCCAUGAUUGGCAAGGAUGCUAUCCACCGUGUAUCAUUACCCACGUCGACCAAGAGGAACCUGAAGCCGUUCGACUCGCUUUACAAUCUGCAGGCGUAUCAAAGAUCUUCGAAGUCGCCAACAUCACACCACAAAACAAACAACUCGAUAUGAAGCAUGUAUUGACCCUCCUGGAGCUUCUUUUGACAUGCUUUGAGUUUGGAGAAAACACAUUCAUGUUCCGACAACGCCAAGACAUUGUUCUUUUUGAAAACGCAGGGAGGAACAUGAACAAUUUUAACAACAUUCAAUAA